AUGAUUACUGGUCUCCAUCACGUUAACAUCCUCGUCCCGGAAGGCACCCUCGACCGGGCGGAGGAGUUCUACACAAACACCCUGGGUCUGCCAUCAGCUCCUGUUCCCCAUCUACAGAAAGGAACCCUUCUAUGGUUCAACCUCACGCCGGAUGGCAGCCAGCAGAUUCAUGUAGCCUUUGGCUCCAACAGCGAUUUGCAUUCCGACCGUCACGCUUGCCUGAGAGUCGGGUCUCCGGACCAUCUGUUGACCCUGCAGCAGCGCAUCUGGGAACAUCAUCAGAGAGGGGGCGAUGCUGCUCCCUUGCACGCUGAUAAGCCGGGGGAGCAAAACUCGGGUGCCCAGGGCAUCGAAUAUCCGAGUCGGUUUUUUGCCAGAGACUUUGCGGGUAACCGGCUGGAAUUUACCCUAUGA